UUAAGGAACAGAGCAACCCCACACAAAAAAGAGCACAACCCGCAGUAGGAGAAGCGAGAACUGAGAGAGAGGGGACGGAGAAAGGGCACGAAAUCCUUAUCUUCUCCCCAUGGCCGCCGCGGUCGUCCACCUCUCUGUCCAUGGCCGCCUCCGCCGCUCCCCUGACAUCCUUUCUCAGACCUGCUACCGCCCUUCCCUCCUACGGUGCCGCGCGUUCAAGCAGGAAACUGGCGGCGACGAUGAGAAGCCGUCGCCGACCGAGGCGCGGAAGCGCAAGAAGGGGCCACUUUACAAGCUGAAGGCGGCGAUUCAGGGGCUCGCGGGGUCUCGGUCGGCGGCAGCGGAGGUGUAUGGAGGGCAGUACGAGCUCGCCGUCGAGAAGGCCGAGGAGAUCUUCUUCUCGGUUGCUACUCAGUUAGGCAGAUAUGUUAUAACAAUGAUGAGCAGUGGUGUUGUACUUGGAGUUGGAUUUCAGUUAUCAGGUGGAGACAGCCAGAUGAACACUCUAAUUUGGUAUAGCUGGCUUGGCGGAGUAAUUAUUGGAACAAUGAUAGGUGCAAACAGUGUUCUAGAGGAACACUGCAAAGCUGGACCUCGAAAUGUGGUGAUAACUGGAAGCACAAGAGGUUUAGGGAAAGCACUUGCUCGGGAGUUUCUUCUUUCUGGAGACCGUGUUGUAGUUGCUUCCCGCAGCCCUCAAUCUGUUCUUCAGACCAUCAGUGAACUUGAAGAGAACAUACAGGAGGGCUUGUCUGUUGCCAAAAAGAAACAAAGAGAAGCUUUAUUACAAGCCAAGGUGGUUGGUACAUCUUGUGAUGUUUGUAAACCAGAGGAUGUGAAAAAGCUGGUAAAUUUUGCUGUUGAUGAGCUUGGUUCAAUUGACAUAUGGAUAAAUAAUGCUGGAACAAACAAAGGUUUUAGGCCACUGGUAAAUUUUUCAGAUGAAGAUAUCAGCCAGAUCGUAUCUACAAAUCUAGUUGGUUCUUUACUUUGUACCAGAGAAGCCAUGGAUGUCAUGCAAAACCAAGAGAAGGGAGGUCAUGUAUUCAACAUGGAUGGGGCAGGAUCCGGAGGAUCAAGCACGCCAUUGACAGCUGUUUAUGGUUCAACUAAGUGUGGGCUAAGGCAGUUCCAAGCAUCACUUAUGACUGAAAGCAAAAGAUCAAAAGUUGGAGUGCACACUGCCUCUCCUGGAAUGGUCCUUACAGACCUCCUUUUAAGCGGUUCAUCUCUUCAAAAUAAGCAGAUGUUCAAUAUAAUAUGCGAGCUUCCAGAAACAGUAGCAAGGACGUUGGUUCCAAGGAUGCGAGUUGUGAAAGGAAGUGGAAAGGCAAUAAACUACUUGACACCACCAAGAAUCUUGCUUGCCUUGGUUACUGCAUGGGUUCGCCGUGGCCGAUGGUUUGAUGAAGAGGGGAGAGCAGUAUAUGCAGCUGAGGCCGAUAGGAUUCGCAACUGGGCCGAAAGCCGAACACGCUUCUCUUUCACAGAUGCGAUGGAGAUGUAUACGGAGAACACAUGGGUCUCAGUAUUCUCUCUUUCUGUUGUUUGUGCAUUCAUAAUUCUUUCCAGCUCAGGUGGACCUUUUCCGGGCACAUGAUCCCCGAUACGUGAAACCCAGAUGGCCACAUAUAUACUCUAUUCUUUUCCACCACAGGAAUUCUAUCAUCUAACGACAUAUGACAUGGCACUUGUGAAGGGUGCAAAGGUGAACCCAGAUGCGUAUUUAAGCGCAAAGAGGGAUCAGCAUCAGCUGCCUCACCAUUUAAGGAUAAGCUAACCAUGUGCCCAGAUUCAGAAAGGGGCAAAACAUCAUUUGUUACGUGGGCAUUCCACUUACUGUAAGUUAGUCUGUAAGUUGUCUUGUAAGUACAUGUGUCUGAAUUAAGCAAUCUGAGCACGACGCCGAGCCGAAGGCGUACUGAUGUCUUGAACAUGGAUGUAGGUGUGAUCCUUCUAAAUUUCUCUUGAACAUGGAUGUAGGUGUUAUCCUUGUAAGUUUCUGAUCUUUGUAAUUGUACGUACCCUUCAAAAUAGUAUAGCAAGUUAAUUAGCAACAUGACGAAGACUCGAGAGAAGUGAAUCUAGUCUUUGUAUAUGCCUCAUCAUGUAUUCCUCCGGAUGAGUGCUCUGGUCAAUCUAGCGUGUAAAGUUCAGGACACGUACUUGUAUCCCUUUUCUUAAGUUUAUGCCCAAGUAAGACAAAAAGUUAAAGGUAA